GGAUAACCACCUGCCCAGGUAGGUUAGGUACUUAGGUAGGUAGGUUGGUAAUGUAUCUAGUUAUCGCAGACCCGUCGUCCAUACUGCGUACGUGAUUUGGCGCAGGCAAUUGAAGUGCAGGCGACACUCUCCCAAUGUUGUGUACGUCAACGCUUCGUCAACUCCUGAGCAGCCUUACGAGUUCCUCCACCGUGGGCCGCAUGGGGGUGAUUGAUUAUAUUGUGCCUCGCGACGGCCAACCGCGCAGUUAAUCUCUGGUAGGUGCUGGAAUCGUACCAUCUAGCCAGUCGUCUUGUCCUCAGGACGCGAAGGUUUCUUCCCUCAUGUUCGACAUAGAAUUCUCAGGGUGUCUGAAUGAUGACUCCCUUGGACCCAGCGUCCAGGGAUGCCGGGGCGACUUCGACUUUACCCUCAAAUUUGAGAAGAUCUUCCUCUCCAUUGUACCAUCCUCCAUCUUCGUCACCCUCGCCCUGUCGAGGAUCGUCUUUCUCGUCAGAAGACCAAAUAUCAUAAGGAACUCAAUCUUUCGGUCCAUCAAGCUCGCUGCUGUUGCUGUGUAUGGAUCUCUCCACCUCGCCCUGCUUGUUCUGGCUUCUAUCAGAUCGGCAAGGCUUGGAGACCUUUUCAUCGCCUCGUCAUGCUUGGAGUUCGUGUCGGCACUAUGCAUGGCUGCCCUGUCCGUUCUGGAGCACUCACGCGCCCCGCGGCCGUCGAUGCUUCUAGGCGGAUACCUUUUCCUGACCCUGCUAUUUGACAUUACGCAGUGUAGGUCCAUGUGGUUAUCGGCAGUCAACUAUGAUGAAACCACCUUCGUACGCCUCUUUACUGCGUCUGUUGCGGCUAAGACCACGCUCGUCGCUCUGGAAUCCCAGCAGAAGAAGCGAUGGUUGGACUGGGAGAAGGCAGAGCACAGCCCCGAGGAGACAAUGGGCAUCUAUGGGCUCGGAGCCUUCAUGUGGCUGGACUCGUUGUUCUGGACUGGCUACAAGAAGGUCCUAAGGGUCGACGACCUCUUCCCCCUUGAUCAGAACCUAGCAGCAGAGCGUCUUCAGAGAACAUUUGCUAAGCACAUUGAGAAGGCUAGCUUCAGAGGCAAGAAGCGCGGUCUAACCAGGGUUCUCGUCAGGACACUCGCAGUGCCGCUUAUGCUUCCUGUUGGGCCUCGGAUCGCCCUUAUGGGGUUCACGUUCUCCCAACCCUUCCUCAUUGAAACCCUGCUUGGCUAUCUCCAAGAGCCGCAAGAUGAGGCUUCGAAGAAUAUCGGAUAUGGGUUGAUCGGUGCCACCAUCCUCAUCUACUCUGGAAUCGCCGUCUCGACCGCCUUCUACUGGUAUCUCCACGAGAGGUUCCUAUACAUGACCCGCGGGUGCCUAGCUUCGGUCGUGUAUAAGAAUACCACCAAGACGAAGCUGUCGGAUUCUGAUGACUCGGCAGCCUUAACACUCAUGAGCACCGACGUGGAGCGCGUCCGCCUUGGAUUUAUGAACUUACACGAGUUCUGGGCCAAUACUGUCGAGGUCGCUCUCGCCAGCUGGCUUCUCCAGCGGCAACUCGGCGUCGCAUUUCUUGCGCCCCUCGUCAUCGUCGCCCUCUGCGUGACCGCAUCCUCCUUCCUAGCAAGAUAUGCCGGCCCACGACAAAAGGCGUGGAUGGAGAAGAUCGAGAAGCGGGUCGGGCUCACCGCGAACGUCAUUGGUAAUAUGAAACAUCUCAAGAUCUCCGGCCUGACUGCGCCCAUCGAGGAGGCCAUCCAGGGCAUGAGGGUGGAUGAGUUGAAAGUUGGGGCUAGGUUCCGCUUCGUCCAGAUCCUCGCUGUCGUCAUUGCAUUCACGCCGCUCACGUUAUCGCCCGUGAUGACCUUCGCCGUCACUUCUAAGAAGCUGGACGUCACCACCAUCUUCGUCUCGCUCUCGUACCUGAUCCUAUUGUCAGACCCCCUUACCAUGAUCUUCCAGAGUGUUCCUUCCUUGUUAGCAGCUCUCACGUGCCUCGACCGGAUCCAGGCCUUCGUGGAGAAGGAACCGCGUGAGGACUUCCGCGAGAGCGACGGAGAGUCACCGUCCGAGAAGUCCAGGAUUGCAGGCGCAAGUCGCGCCUCUGAGGAAGCUAUCACGAUAUACGGUGGCAGUUUCGGAUGGACAGACGGCAAAUUCAACGUGCAAAACAUCGAUGUCACGAUCCCCGCCUCCAAGCUAACUCUCUUGGUUGGUCCGAUCGCAUCGGGCAAGUCAACCCUCUGCAAGGCACUGCUUGGUGAGACGCCGCUUGCCGCCGGGCGGGUCGUCCUGGGAUCUAACCAUCGACGGAUUGGCUACUGCGACCAGACACCCUUCUUGUCCAAUGCAACGAUCAGGGAGAAUAUCAUCGGCUUCUCGGUCUGGGACCAAAAGAGGUACAAUGAUGUGAUUGAGGCGACGAUGCUGGUCAAGGACAUCGCUCUUUUCCCCCAUGGAGAUCUUACCAACGUCGGGAGCAACGGUAUUACCAUCAGUGGCGGGCAGAAGCAGCGAGUCUCUAUCGCCAGAGCCCUCUACCUAGAAUCCGAUCUACUCGUUUUUGACGACAUCUUGAGCGGCCUCGACGUCGAUACGGAGGAGCAGGUGUUCUGGCGCGUCUUUGGCCCGGAAGGCUUGCUGAAGAGAAGAAAGGCAACGGCUAUCCUCUGUACGCACUCUAUCAGACAUCUUCCAUCGGCCGAUCAUAUUAUUGCCCUGGGUUCCGACGGCAGUCUUGUCGAGGAAGGUAACUUUGCCGAUCUCGUGGCCAACAAGAAGUACAUACACGGCCUUGGGUUCAACGGUGUGGAUAAGAGGAGGUCGGGCGGUACCUCGCCUCUACAACAGACAACCAGCGCCUCGGCCCAUCUUAACAGCGUCAUUACUGCCAAAUCUGCCGAGACAAGCAGUCCCGUCGACCAGGCGCGGAGGACAGGAGACAUGUCAGUCUACAAGCACUACUUUAGUAGUAUUGGUUUCUGGCCGCUGGCGACCUUCCUUGCCUUGAGCGCUGCCUGCGGUUUCUUCUUCAACUGGCGGACUAUAUGGGUCAAGUUCUGGUCAGAGGAUGUCAGCUCGCCCGAUCCUGCCCAUACGAAUGCCUUCUAUGUCGGCCUCUUUGCCAUGUUCCAGGGAUUAACUCUGUUAAUCAUCUUCUGCGUCGUCUGCAUCACCUCCCUCACCAUCAUCUCGACAUCCGGCGCUACGCUUCAUAAGGCGGCAUUGAAGACGGUAAUCAACGCCCCGCUGCGGUUCUUCACCACCACCGAUUCGGGAGUGGUGACCAACCUGUUCUCGCAGGACAUGACACUCAUUGACAGCGAGCUGCCGAUGGCUCUCACCAACUUCGUGCUCGUGGGGCUCAUUACACUCGGCAUGGCCGCCAUCAUCGCCAUCGCGUCGCCAUACCUGCUCAUCCUCUACCCUUUCCUAGCCGCAUUACUCUACGGGCUCCAGAAGUUCUACCUAGCCACAUCCCGCCAGCUGCGUCUACUCGACCUCGAGGCCAAGAGCCCGCUCUACUCGCACUUCAUCGACACAAUCAAGGGCGUCGCGUCGAUCCGCGCGUUUGGCUGGGUUGACGAUAACAUCGGUCUCAACAACAAGCUGCUGGACACAUCCCAGCGCCCCGCGUACCUGCUGGCGAUGAUUCAGCGGUGGCUUGGCUUUACGCUCAACGUCGUCGUGGCGGUCGUCGCCGUGGUGGUUGUCACCAUCGCUACCCAGAUGCGGUCGAAUACCGGGUUCACCGGCGCCAGUUUGGUGACCAUCAUGGGUUUUGGCGACUCCCUGUCUCAGAUCAUCCGGAUGUACACUAUGCUUGAGACGUCGAUAGGCGCCGUAAGCAGGCUGAAGUCUUUCAGCGAGAACACCAAACCCGAGAACCAGCCGGGCGAAGACGAGAGUCCCCCAGAGUCGUGGCCGAUGAAUGGUUUGAUCGAGAUCAAAUGCGUGUCGGCAUCUUAUGGUGAUCCUGCCGAGGCCCCGACCGACGAGUCAGAGAGUCAGCCAUCCGCCGCGAAGCAUCUGGCCCUGAAGGAUCUCAAUAUCACGAUCCAGGCUGGAGAGAAGGUCGCCAUCUGCGGGCGGAGCGGAAGGUAAGCAAGCAUCCGUUUCUCCUUAACCACCUAUCCUCCCAACCUCCCCCCUUUUCCCCCCCGGCCCCACUUCUUCCAUGCUACAAAGUCUCCACCCUCACACGGUCUUUUCUCCUUCCCACUAGCGGCAAGUCCUCCACGAUCCUCCUCCUCCUCCGCCUCCUCGACCCGGUCCCUUCGUCCGCCCACGACGCCACCGGCACCGGUACCGGCAUCACCAUCGACGGCAUCCCGCUGCGCCGAAUCGACCGGGCGGUCCUCCGGCGGCGCAUCAUCGCCGUGCCGCAGGACGCCGUCUUCCUGCCCGACGGCUCCAGCUUCGGGGCCAACCUCGACCCGCUCGGG